AUGUCACAGCCAUGGGAUUACAUCGCUAAGCUCGUCUGUAUUGGAGACUCCGGCACUGGAAAGUCUAGUUUGACUAUUCGACUCUGUGAAGGACGCUUCUCCUCCAGUCAUGAUGUUACUAUUGGCGUGGAAUUCGGAUCGCGUAUUGUUCCAGUUGGGCCUAAAAAAAUGAAGCUCUCCCUUUGGGACACUGCGGGCCAAGAGACUUACAAGUCGAUAACGCGCUCAUAUUUUCGCGGUGCCUCAGGGGCCCUCCUCGUUUUUGACAUCACUCGUCCCUCUACAUUCACCUCUUGCACCCAAUGGUUGCAAGAUCUUCGGCAAAUUGCAGAAGAUGGUAUUGUUGUAAUUUUGGUUGGAAAUAAGAGCGAUCUCGCGGAAGUGAAAUCCGACGUGAAUCAGAGGCGUGUCACCAGACAAGAAGCAGAGGAGUGGUGCCGCAUGAACAAUGUUGUUCGCUACGUUGAAACCAGUGCAAAGUCCGGUGAAGGCGUCGAACGCGCUUUCCUCGAAGUUGCUGAGAGGAUUUAUCGCAAUAUCGAGGCAGGAAAGUACGACCUGAACGAUCGUCGAAGUGGUGUGAAAGGUUUUGGGGCUACAGGGGGAGCAAGCGCAAGCACGCCAAAAACCAUCACCUUAGGUUUGAACGAUGCAAUGCGCAGUGGUGGAAAUGGUUGGCGCGGAGCUUGUUGCUAG